AUGUCCCAAAUCGCUGAGCCGACUAGCCAAGAUAGGGGCAUGACUCGAAUAGAAGCAGGUCAACCCGCUACUAUCUUGGAGCCUAGCCACUGGGUACAGAAGGGAGAGGCCACCGAUGCAAACAGCGACGAUCUUGACACAGCUAUCGACUCUGACGGUGAUUCAACUUCAGCAUCUAUUACCUCCAGUAUCCUUCAGUACAGAACUAUCCAUGGGCGCACUUAUCACAGUGAGCAAGGGAAUGCUCAGUAUUGGGGGUCGAACGACGAGCAACAGAAAGAUUUGAUGGACCUCACCCAUCACAUCCUCACCCUUGGGUUAGGUGAUAAGCUUCAUCUGGCUCCUCUGAUUCAAGAUGAUGUGAAACAAGUGAUAGAUAUUGGAACUGGAACAGGUAUCUGGGCUAUUGAUUUUGCCGAUCAGUAUCCAAACGCCGAAAUUAUUGGAACUGAUCUUUCUCCAAUCCAGCCUUCAUGGAUCCCGCCCAACCUUCAGUUUAUAAUUGAGGACUGCACUCGCGAAUGGACGUUCAAGUCUAGCUUUGCCGAUUACAUACAUUCUAGAUGGUUGAUGGGUAGUAUCGGGAACUGGGACUUCUUCUUCUCUGAGGCUUUCAGGGUAUGCAAGCCUGGGGGGUGGGUUGAGAGUCACGAAGCUGCAUCUACUAUCAGCAGUGAUGACAAUACAGUCGACCCUAAUUCGGCUAUGGGACACUGGGGCAAGUUCUUUAUUGAAGGUUCUAAAAAGAUCGGAACAAGUUUCACAGUCGUCGAGGACGGCACUCAGAGAAAGGCCAUGGAAAAAGCAGGAUUCAUCAACAUUCAAGAAUUUGACUUCAGGAAUCCAAUUGGUAGUUGGCCAGAUGAUCCCGUUGAAAAGCAGAUGGGAUCUUAUACUAAGCACGGUCUUGACACUGAUAGCGAGGGCUUCGUUCUAUUCAUGGCACAUACCCUCGGUUGGAGUAGGGAGGAUAUUCUUGCCUACGUUACGCAAUUCAGACGCGAAAUACGAUCUGGCAAACAUCAUGGAUAUUUUGCGCAAAAGGUUGUUUGGGGGCAGAAGCCUAAGUGA